CCACCACCACCACCACCACCACCACCACCACCACCACCACCACCACCACCACCACCACAGCGACACAAGUGGCACGUAGACAAUUUCAGUCUCUAUGCUGUAGUGCUGUGGAGUGGAGGGGCCGCCUAUGCAAAGCACGGAUUGAUGAUGGAAGAGGACAUUCUAGUGACAGAAUUGGACAUGCUGGUAUCGUAG